GUUCUGCUGGAAGCGGUUGAGCUGUGUUUUCAGAGUGGGAGAUGGACUGAGUGAGGGCGCUCUUCACACCAGCGCUCCCGAUAGCAUUGCUCUAUGCCAACAGACGAUUUCAGGUCGUCGAAUCCCAAGAAAACAUAGUGCCAUUACCAAGUCUUUCACAUCCCACUCUAAACACACUAACACGGCAUUGAUGGUAAUGUAUGCAAGGAAACAACCGAGACUCGGCGAUGGGUGCGACCGAAGAGAUUCUCAGCCCUAUCAGACUCUCAAGUAUUCAUCCAAAAGCCAUCCGGGAGGGGAACACCGCCACGAGAAGACGCGCGACCCCACAGAGGUCACCCCUCCCUGCAAAAUGCUCAGGAGGUCAGACAGCCCGGAGAACCAGCACACGGACGGCAUGGGCCACAGCAGGGCGAAGGCUCUCCACAUGCACCGCGUCAGAGAACGGGACGGAGGACCCAGUUAUUCUCCACAAGAAAAUUCCCACAACCAUAGUUCCCUCCAUAGCUCCAACUCACAUUCUAACCCCAGCAAGACAUCAGACACACCCUACGAGCCCGGCGACGACUGGUCGGAGCACAUCAGCUCUUCUGGAAAGAAAUACUACUACAACUGUAGGACGGAGGUGUCCCAGUGGGAGAAGCCCAAAGAGUGGCUGGAGAGGGAACAGAGGCAAAAGGAGGCAACAAAGAGCGCCGUUGUCAACAGCUUCCCCAAGGACAGGGACUACAGAAGGGAGGCCAUGCAAGUCACGGCAGCCCCCGGCUUCACCGGACCCAAGUCGACUCAGGUGGAGAAGCCCUCAGCGGCUCUGCCCAGCCAGUCACAGUCCUCCUCCUCGGGUGCGGGGAGCGUGAACCCUUCAUCGGCGCCACCAGGCUCGUCAGCGUCCACCGUGCCCGUCUCCCCGGUCCUACAGUCCUCCACGCCCCCCAUCCUUCAGGACCCCAACCUGCUCCGCCAGCUUCUCCCAGCGCUUCAGACGGCCCUGCAGCUCAACAACGCCAGCGUGGACAUGGCGAAAAUCAACGAGGUUCUCACAGCUGCUGUCACACAAGCUUCAUUACAGUCGAUGCUCCACAAGAUCCUCACAGCUGGACCGUCAGCUUUCAACAUCACUACUAUCCUCUCCCAAGCUGCUCAGCUCUCUAACCAAGCUCAACAAUCAAAUCAGUCACCGAUGUCUUUAACGUCAGACGCCUCAUCGCCGAGAUCCUACGUGUCGCCCAGGAUCAGCACGCCGCAGACGAACGUCGGCUCUUUAAAGUCUCACCUCAGUGCACAGCCCGUCAUCUCACAACCCAAAGUGAGCACGCCAGCGGCGAAGCAGCCGCCUCAUUCCCAGCCCUCGUCUCAGCAGUCGCUGUCGAGCGAGAAGCCGCACGGUCACGACGCCACCGCGGCCUCCCCACGCACACUUCAGCGCCAAGGCAGUCAGAGGAGUCCCUCUCCUGGACCCAACCACGUCGGCUCCGGCAGCAACGCCUCCAACGCGGCCUCGGCUCCCCCCGGCGCCUCGGCGGUGCGGCCCUCCUGCUCCCUGACCCCCACGCUGGCCACCCACUUUAAUGAGAACCUUAUCAAACACGUGCAGGGGUGGCCUGCAGAACAUGCAGAGAAGCAGGCGUCCAGGCUACGUGAAGAGGCCCACAGCAUGGGCAGCAUCUGCAUGUCCGAGAAUUGCACUGAGCUCAAGAAUCUGCGCUCGUUGGUCAGAGUCUGUGAAAUCCAAGCUACGCUGCGGGAGCAGAGGAUAUUGUUUUUGAGACAGCAAAUCAAAGAACUUGAAAAGUUGAAGAAUCAAAAUUCCUUCAUGGUUUGAGAACUUUUGGGUCGAGAGUUAUGUUUUUGUUUUGUUUUUUUCUGGGGGGGGUUUAUGGAAGGGGGGAAACCCAUUGCACAUAGUUGAAAGCUGGAAAGAAAGCAGUUGUUCGGUUCCUCUUGAACCCAGUCUUAACACACACAUAAACACACACACACUCUCUCAGCGAAGUUUGAGUCGGGUUGGUUUGGACCGUUGGACUGGGAGACCUGAGAGGGAGAACCGAGGAGCUGUUGUUGGAGGAGGGGGGUUGAUUCACAAGACUUUGGUUUUUGUGAAAACCCGUGGUGGGGGAGGGUGGAAAAACAUUGUAGAUUUCUUGUAGAUGUUAUUAUCUAUGUUGUAAAUAUGUUUUGUAGAUUGAAGCCAUGGAAAGCCAUGCCUAUCAAAGCUUUUUGGACAUCCAGACUAAUCAACGCCUCGGCGGCUCCGGUCCUUCACGUUAACUCAUCUGACUUCACUCUGUCACUUCACAAGAUCUCUGAACCAUUGAGUCAGCUGGUGUGUGUGUGUGCGUGUGUGUGACUGAGUGAGUGUGUGGCCUGCAAGCUGACUUAAAGGUGUUUGAGGCAUGGAAUCAACCAGAACAAUCUCUUCAGCUGGUCAAAUCUGGGUAAACUCACCGGUUCCUGCUCCCAAUGCUUCAGUGAUCUGCUAGCAGCUUCUGUUGGCCCUGCAUUAUCCAGUCUGAAAAAAAAAAAAUAUCAGUGCCUGGUGGUUGGUGAAGUGAGUGAUUAUUUAAAAAAGAAAAAAAUACAAAAAGGAAAAAAAAAAUAAAAUAAAAAUCCAUCGUGGGAUGUGACGGCGUGCUGCUUUGGACCAUUCCCGGUAACCUCCACCACCCCGCCCUGGCUUCCUGACCCACUCACCCACCUACCUGCCCCGCCCGCCCGCCGCGCCACGCCUCUUUCUCUGACACAUCCCACCUUUCUGUGCUGUUGCUUUACUUUCUUCUCCUUUGGGUUCCCUCUCUGUCAUCUGUUCCUCUCUUCCCCCUCCCACACCUCUUGACUUUUCAAGUUGAGGUUGCGCCUCUUGUUUUUUUUUUUUUUUGUUUGUUUGUUUUAGUUUUUUCAUUCCUUUGUACAGUUGCUAACAUAACAGUGGAGUUUUAAGAGACGGAAUUAAAAAAUAAUAAUAAAAAAAGAACAAGAACAAAAAAAAGGUUUUAUUUAUAAGAGUUGUAGUGACGAGCGGAAAAUCACAAUGACAGCCACACAUUUUCACCAGCGCCCCGGUGGAGGAGCGGUAGGACGGCCUCAGCAGGUCCAAGGUGGGUGCAUGUGGAGCACCUCUUCAGUCAACGCAGGGCAGCGAGAGGUCAAAGCUCAAAUGUGAAAUGUACGUAUUGUAAUAAACAUGUUAAACUAAA